CAGUACACCUGGUAGUCCCAAGGAUCUGCCUCUUGCUUCAACAGUAUUUGGAUGGAACAGAUCCAGGGACACCUCUUCUAACAGCCUCUGACCACCCUCCAACAUGUUUUCUAGUCCCAACUUUCAGAGCCAUCUUCUCAGCCACCCUCUGCCUCUGAGAUCAGCCAACACCCUAUUUUGAGCUUAGCUCCUUAUUACAGAUCAACGAUGAGCUGCCAGAUUAAUCAGAAUUAUUCCACUAAGUUGGAGACCACCACCAAUUGCCUGGUCAACAUGCAUCUGCGGGCCUCCUACACCUUCCUCUCUCUGGGCUUCUAUUUCAACCGUGAGGAUGUGGCUCUGGAGGAUGUGAGCCACUUCUACAAGUUGGCUGAGGAGAAGCGCAAGGGUGCUGAGCACCUCUUGAAGAUGCAAAACCAGUGUGGUGGCCACGCUCUCUUCCAGGAUAUGCAGAAGCCAUCCCAAGAUGAGUGGGGUAAAAUUCAGGAUGCCCUGGAAGCUGCCCUAUUUCUGGAGAAGAACCUGAACCAGGCCCUUUUGAAUCUGCAUGCCUUGGGUUCUGCCCAUGCAGACAUGCAUCUCUGUGACUUCCUGGAGAACCACUUCCUAGAUGAGGAGGUGCAACUCAUCGAGAAGAUGCGCAACCUUCUGACUAACCUCCGCAGGCCGGCUGGCUCCCAGGCUGGGCUGGGUGAGUAUCUCUCCGAAAGGCUCACCGUCAACCACAACGAGGAGUCUCUGGAGCCCAGCAGCCUUUGAGGGGCCCCUUUGGCAUCCCUCUGGCUCCAGGCUUAUGCCUGAGCCUCUCCCUACAACACCGGGCAGCUCUUUAACCAUCCUGGAGCCCUCUCCUAAGCUGUGGCUGUGGACCAAACGGAAACAACAAAGCUUUUUGCAGCAGCUGGUGAAAAAAAAUUUUUAAAUAUCUUCCAUGUCUCUACUUGACUUUUUGAACAUACACUGCCAGAGUCCAGCUCCAGCAGG